UUGGCGCGCAUCGACCCAGUGCGGCCGCGAAACCGCCCGGGUGGCCAACCCAGUCUUGCAAGGAGAGCGGCGGGCGGAUGGAGGAGGAGGAGGAGGAGGAGGAGGAGGGGGAGGGGGGCUGCCGAGAGCCGCCCGCGCGGCUGGAGCAGCGGGGCCCUCCGCGGCAGCGGGGCCUCUUCGGCCGGGGGCGCCGCUGCCCCGCUGCCGCGGCGCGCCUCGGGCACUGCAGGGGCGCGACGCCCGCGAGGAGCGGCCCUCGCCCGCGGCGGCGGGCCGCCGACCAGCCACGGCUCGGGGGAUCAGGUUCAGGGCACUCGGGCGAUGCGGCGGUUGCGCGCAUCGGCCAGGGCGCGACGGGUGAACUCGUGCACGCCCUCGUGCACCCAUUUCUUGUUAGGGUGAACCAUCUCCGAGGGCACGACGCCGUGGAUAGGCAGCGACUGGAGGAUGAGAAGAGGAGGAGGGCAGGAGAAGGAUGAAUCGUGUCCGUGGGAUGGGGCAGGCAGGCGAUGAGAGGGGCAACCAAGGCUUUACAAGCUGACUCCCCCGUCAGAUCGGAGCCCACUCUCAGUCCAUAGCACACGACAGCGGCAAGGCGCUGGCAGGCCUGCGGCGAGGCGCGCCGCGCCGGGGCGCGGGCCGCGGGGGCGCGGCUGCGGGCGCCAGAAGGCGUCAGAUCC